AUGGCUUCCACUACUACCAAUCUUGCUCCCGUAAAGCGAGCCUGCGAUAGCUGCCAUCGAAGGAAAGUCAAAUGCAUAGGUGAAGGCACAAACCCGUGCAAGAACUGUGUAUCCGCAGGUCUGGCAUGCACAUACAACGCCAUCCCCCAGAAAAAAGGGCCCAAGGGCAGCCGGGCCAAGGUACUUUCUGAACUACGUGAGAACCAACGCAACGCCCAACUAGCCUCCGGUUUCCCGCAGGAGCUUGGCCAUGAUGGACGUCCGUUAUCCUCCCAGAAUGUCCGAACACCAGGCCUGCUACCGCCAGCCCUGGUCGAAAGCUGUAUGGAGUUUUUCUUCGUACAUGUCUACCCCUCACAGCCUGUACUGCAUCGACAGCGUGCACAAGAAGCCGUCGUCAACAUGGACCGUUCAAUCGAGGCCUACUGCAUGGUUGUUGCCUUGUGUGCCUACGUGAUGAUCCAAGCAAACAUGAAGGUCCAGCCCAACCUUCUCGAACGCCCUGAGAUGGCCCAGAUGUCUAAUGUCAGCUUUGGCCACAUCUUGUUGGAAGAAUCUAUUCGUGUGCGGAGGGGAUAUGACUACCGCGAGAGUCCCACACACUGGACCGUCCUCACAUCAUGGCUGUACUGCGGGUGCUACUUUGGACUGGCCAAGGAGAACACAGCAUGGUCCUACCUUCGAGAGGCAACGACACAAGCACAACUUCUGGGAAUGCACGACGAAGAAACAUACAAGCACGACCCACUCGAUACCUCAAGGAAACGCGUACUCUACUGGCUGCUCUUCAUGGCCGAAAGGACAUAUGCUAUCCACAAGCACCGGCCAAUUACGCUCUACCCGACUAUACAUCCGCCUUCCCUGGACGAAGUACCUUCAGAUCGACCGGUCGCAGUUGGCCUUGAGCUGAUGAUCAAUCUGUACAAGACCAUCGACGACACAUUUGUGAACCUUUGGAACCGGGUUCACGGCCACGCCAAUCCUUCCUGGAUUGCGCAACUGCAAACACAGAUCUCAGAGGCGGUCCCAUCAUAUCUCGAGUGUACCGAGACUCAGGCCGUCGAGAUCCGGGUUACGCAGCAGUGGCUACGAGCCAUGGUAUGGCAGCUAUGCGUCUGUCAGGGACUUGUAAGCAGCGUCAGUCAGGACACUUCCAUGACGUUCAAGUUCCCCAUCCAAAUCUCAAGGGACAUCCUGACCAUGACACAACAAUUCUCGCAAACAACCAUGGAGGUACACGGCGUUGGUAUGAUCGAAAAGCUGUUCGAUAUUGCUUGCUGCCUAACUGACGUGGUCGCUUGCACGUCGUUUUCGCCAGAUGCAUUUAAUCUUGGCCCGCGAGAUUAUGUUUCUCGCUUCUUGAUUCUCAUUCAGACACUUCGCGGCGGACAGUCACGCUAUCUGCCACUGCUCCUCGCUAAGCUGCAGGAGGUACUACCCAACCUCCCUCUUCCCAGGUCCUUGAACUUGUCCCAAAGUCUCCCUACUCCAUCGAUCGGUCUUAAUGCCAGUGGCGGCAUGGUGCCUUCGAACGCAGGCGAUGACUUCUCGGCGCUUCCACCUGUCAUCUCUCCGGCGUAUCCAUCGACGGAGUUGAUCCGUCGCCUUGCAGCGCAAACAGGUGCUCAGCUCCCUUUCAGCACGUCUCAACAACCCAUGGUUGCUGCUCCGUCAUCCCACAUUGAUGAUAUGUCGCUCUAUGACACCACUCACAGCACAUCGCACUCUUCAGUGUCUGGGCCUAGGAGCAAUUCUGCCACACCAGGGCCUUUCGAACCUCCCAUGUCACAAGCGCGCACGCAAAUUGUCGGUCAUCCGUCCGUCCCCCAGCAUUCGCACAUGCAACCUCACAACAUCGGUGUAAAUCCUACCGCUUACGAUCCGCGCUUCAAUGUUCAAGGUUACCCAGUGGAUCCUGCGAUGAUGUACAAGCAAUAG